AUGUCCAGCAAAAGGGCCAAGGCCAAGACCACCAAGAAACGGCCACAGAGGGCCACUUCCAAUGUUUUUGCAAUGUUUGACCAGUCCCAGAUCCAGGAGUUUAAGGAGGCCUUCAACAUGAUUGACCAGAACCGUGAUGGCUUCAUUGACAAGGAGGACCUGCACGACAUGCUGGCCUCGCUGGGGAAGAACCCUACAGACGAGUACCUGGAGGGCAUGAUGAGUGAGGCCCCGGGGCCCAUCAACUUCACCAUGUUCCUCACCAUGUUUGGGGAGAAGCUGAACGGCACCGACCCUGAGGAUGUGAUCCGAAAUGCCUUCGCCUGCUUUGAUGAGGAAGCCUCAGGCUUCAUCCACGAGGAUCACCUCCGGGAGCUGCUUACCACCAUGGGAGACCGGUUCACUGAUGAGGAGGUGGACGAAAUGUACCGAGAGGACUACAUCUUCCAGCUCUACCUCAGACCUUUCUACAGCAGUCAAGAUCCUUUAGAUUUAUUCUCAAGCACCUACGUGCAAAAAAAGAAGUACCAGGGGCAGGAAAAGGCUGUAAAACUGCUUUUUCAUGACAAAAACAUCUUCCCAGUUCCAGAAGUUUUUCCCAACAAAGUUCUUAUCAGAUAA